AACAGCUUGCACGGGUCACAAUAUUCGACCAGUUUUGUUUGAGCAAGAAGUAGCAUCGUUACUCGUUAGAAAUAAUUGUAUAUGAUAUCUUGUCCACUACUAUACUGUGUUCUGCCACAGCCAUUAUGGAGAGUAUUAGAAUCAUAUUAUAUCUGGUGGUCUUGAUGGUUGCCGGUUCAGAUGGGCAACUUGAAGAUUCGGUCUACUAUUUGUACGAAUUCAGUGCCUGUGCUCGCAACGACAGCGUAUCAACUGACAUCUCCAAUGAUGUUCCAUACGGGAGCAGCGUUACAGUCGCGUUAAGUGACUGGAGAGAUAAGUCCGACGACAACUGUUCUCUGGUCUUGACCUACACAUCAGCGCUUUUCUCCGUGAAAUUAAUCUGGGUGUAUAUGGAAGAGGGAACCUGCGUAUCACUCUUUGACGGCAACACCACCUCGGCAAGUUCCAUGGUGCGCAGAUGCGGAUCAAGCAAUGAAUACAUCAAACUCUUCACCACGGGACCUGCCAUUCUUUUUGCCGUAGACACCACAGACGAAAUCGUUCCUAGAAGAGAUAGCUUCGACAUCUUGCUCAUACCGUUUCCGGAGGGAGCGACCUACUUCAUGGAGGACUUCUGUUCGAACGACACACUGGUGCAUCCCAAUCAGACCAUUUGGCUUCACACCAACAGGGGCAAGUUCUACGACAAGGACAUCAAUUGUACCAUGACGCUGUACACCCAGAUUGAUCACAGGCUGCUGAUUAGAAUUGUUCAAGGGUCACUGGGGGAGAAUGAUUGUCUGAAGUACUACGAUGCAAGCGGGACAAAUGGCGAGGAAUUUAUAAAAUAUUGUGCAUUUAAUAAUCCACCUUAUGAAUUUGAGUCUUUCGGCCGUUUCCUGACAAUCAAGUUUGAAACGGAUUCGCAAGACCUAGAUGAAGGAGCAGUCAUGGAGAUCACGACUUCCUCUGAAGAUUGGGAAUGUUUUUUCUCUGAUGAAGUCCCGUGUGAAAAUUACCGUAUUUGCUAUUGGAUGGGUGGUAACUGCGAUGGUUAUGACCACUGUCCGGACGGAAGCGAUGAGAAGAAUUGCACUACCUGUGAAUCUGACGUUAAAUGCGUGACUCCCACAAACGAAUGGGUGUGCAUUCCAGUGGAAAAGAUGUGCGAUGGAGUUGACGACUGCCAGAACGACAGAGACGAAGACGACUCCCGUUGUAUUUCGUGCUACAAUGAAGAUCUUCGUUGCCUGGAUGAUUCCGGCUACCCCCUUUGCGUUCAUCCUAAAAAAACUUGUGAUGGAAAGUCCGACUGCCGAGACGGAGAAGACGAGGAUAAGGCGCUUUGCGGAGAUUGCCCCUCCUCCGAUGGAAUUCGUUGCCGGGAUUUUUACGGCCGCCCCCUUUGCGUUUAUGCUAUGUGUGAUGGAUAUCUUGACUGCAGCGACGGAGAAGACGAGGAUGACGCGAUUUGUGUGCAUAAUUGUACGUCGAACUUUCUGUGCCAUUCAAACGCUAGAGAGUUUAUCUGUCUACCAUCUUCUAAGAUUUGCGACUCUGUAGCCGACUGCAUUGAUGGCAAAGAUGAAGCCUCUUCUCUCUGUGCCUCCUGCAGUUCUGGAGUCCGAUGCAAACUGGACGAGGGCGGUUUUGUCUGCGUUGACGAACGGUCUCUUUGUGAUUCGUAUGAGGACUGCAUAGACGGACAGGAUGAAAGUUCAAGUGUUUGUGAGCCUCCGAUCCUCUCGUACUGGUCUCCGGGUCAGCUUGCUGGUAUCUUCACCGGUUACAUCGUCUUCGCUGUCAUCGUCGUGGUCAUCACGUGUCUCAUCCCAAAGAAAUGCAGACCUGUCGAUGGGUGACCUGUACAUAGAAAUCCCCAGCAAAAAAAAUCGCUACAAAUGUGAAAUUUCAACGAAUUUCAAAUUCCCUAAGAGAGUUGAAAAGCUGAGUAGCUUGUGUGUAUAUAUCGCUGGACCUCAUGAAAGACAUUUUUUAGAAGGUUCUCUCAGUGAAGAUGCCACUAUGAACAUGCCUAGUUUUAAAAAGUGUGGCACGAUUUUUGUUACCAUUUUCGUACUUUUUAAACGUUCUAACCUGAAAUGCUAUUUACCCCUGUGAAGUUGUAGUUGUGAAGUUAUUAUUAUUUUUUUUUUUAGAAAGGACUAUUCAUGUAUAAUGUACAUUUAGGAAACCUUUGUACAAAUUAUACAAAUUGAAGCUUAUUUAGCUUCCUGUAAUUGUUCGAGUGACUUUUUGUGUAGUCAAUGAAAUUCUCACAAAAUAAUGAGAAUCGAAGAAAGGAAAAAGAAUACAAAAACCCCACCAAAACACUGAACAUGUCACUAUACUCGCAAAAACAUGUAUGUACACACACACACACACAAUUUCGAUUUUUGCCAAAUUGAAACCGAUGAAGACCUACAGCUAGCUUGGCAUUGCCUCAUAUUUCAUUUCCUUAAAAGUUGAUUUUGCACUGCUUUUGUAUCCGUUUUUUAAGCAUAAGCUAAAACGAGCAGUCGUAUUUCAAAAUUCGCAGUUGAACGUGUUGACUGAAAAAGUAGAAAAUAAAUUAAAAAAAAGGUACAAUUCUUAUACUUUAGGCUAAACUAGUAGGCACAGUCAGCAACAGAAACUGCUGGUACAUGUGUGCUUGACAAAGCAGCAUCACAGAAAACAAAGUUGAACUUUAUCGUGUCAGUGUGCAAACAAUUGAUAUGUCGCCGUGACGUUUGAACCUCACACACACACACACACGUUGUAGAAUGCUUCAUUAUGCAGAUUCUAAAUAUAAACUAGGCCUAUACUACCAACAGGUCAUUUAUAUAUCGGUCAGUUGGUUAAUUAUUGAUGGAAAAGUUCAGUUCAUUUCAGCGAGAAAGGGUACACAAAGCGAAAGAACUCGUCGACUCUGAC